GGCUUGUACCCCAGGUUCUUCUUCUUCACACUUCCUUAUUCUCUCUCUUUCGCUCUCUGUAAAUACACAUCUCAUCAUAGUUUCUUUUUUAUAAUUGCCCACAAAUUCCAGAUUUUGUUCUGUUUGGUGUGCUCUCUUGCUUCUAGAUUAUCUGAAAUUUGGUGGGUAUUUCUUGUAUAUAUUCUGUUUAUUGUUCUGGGUUGAACAUUUUAGAGGUUUUCAAGCCUUGUUGCUUCUUGAUUGGUGUUUUGGUUUAUGUGAUUGGCUUAAUUUGGGGGAUUGAAUGAAAUUUUUGAGCUGAUACUUUGAUGGGUAUGAAAUAAAGUUGGGAUUUUUUUUCCUGGAAAAAGAGGGUUUGUUAUUCUUUUCCCUUUGUUGUUCAACAGUGUUCUGAGAAAAAAAGAUGGUCUUUAGGUUUGGGAUUGUAUUUAUGUUGUAAUUGGGUGGGUAUAUAUGUGAAAACCCUGGUUGGGUAGGUGUUAAAUUAGGCCUAGUUUGGGUUGUUUUGUGGUUCACUUCAAUAAUUACUCUGAAAAUUUGUGACUCAAAUAAGGGAAUUUGUGGAGAUUGGGUUUUGAAUCCCCAGUUGGGUAGGAUUGAUUUAAAGAUAUUGGGUGUAUUCUAGUUGGUUUUGUGGGGAUUCUGAAUUUGUUCCACUCAAUAAGGGUUUUUUGACAUAAAGGGUAGGUUUUGAAGGUAGGUAUCUGUUUGGAUUUAGCUGUUUUUGCUUGGUAAAUAUGGUGGAAUCGAUUGCUGCAACGUCCCUUUUGGGGCACCGACCGGUAUGUGGAGGAUAUUGCUUCACGGAUGUCUCAAGAAGAAGAAAGCAAUUUGCUGUAUGCCGAAUCCCUGUAACAAAAUUUCUUGGUAGGAAUGUUGUCCGCACUCGUUCUUCGUUGAAAUUUGGAGUUGAUCGAUUGGUAGUUCCAUCAAUUAAGGCUCAAGCAAUGGAAUUGGCAAAGGAGGCCUAUGAGUAUAGAGAAGAAAAGCGAAUACCCCGGGAUUUCGAGUACGGGAUAGAUACUGGUGUAGAUCGAAAACCCGGCUUGUGGCCACCGGAGAACAAGGCCGAUAAUGCUUCACUUCACAACCCUUUGCUUCGACAAGAAAGGAUGGGUUGUGGGUGGUUAGGUGCAAUCUUUGAAUGGGAAGGAGUUCUAAUUGAGGACAAUCCUGAUCUUGAAAAGCAAGCCUGGCUGGCUCUUUCUCAGGAAGAAGGAAAAUCCCCUCCUCCAGCUUUCAUUCUUCGUAGAAUAGAAGGCAUGAAGAACGAACAGGCUAUUUCUGAGGUCCUUUGCUGGUCUAGAGACCCGGCUCAGGUGAGACGAAUGGCAUCUAGAAGAGAGGAGAUCUACCAAGCGUUACAAGGUGGGAUAUAUAGGUUUCGAUCUGGGUCUCAGGAGUUUGUGAAUGUUUUGAUGCAUUACAAGAUACCUAUGGCGUUGGUUUCAACCCGCCCAAGAAAAACCCUUGAAACUGCAAUUGGAGAUAUUGGGAUCAAAGAGGUCUUUACUGUAAUUGUAGCAGCCGAGGAUGUUCACAGAGGGAAGCCCGAUCCUGAGAUGUUUGUGUAUGCAGCACAGCUUCUAAAUUUCAUACCUGAGCGGUGUAUUGUGUUUGGAAACUCGAACCUGACGGUGGAGGCUGCUCACGAUGCACAGAUGAAGUGUGUGGCUGUUGCUAGCAAACAUCCUGUGUAUGAACUUGGAGCCGCUGACUUGGUGGUGAGGCACUUAGAUGAGCUUUCGGUGGUUGAUUUGAAGAACCUUGCUGACAUUGAAUCAGCUGAGUUUGGGUCCGGUGAGCCAGAGUUGGAGAUGGAGGAGGAGAAAUGUGAUGAGCCAUACCCAUCCACCUCCGUGGCUGUUGAUGAUUUCUGGUAACCUCUCUCAAAUGUACAGUAAUUUGUGCCUCGUGCCUUUUAUCUAAUUCUUGAUGACAAGUUCAUAUUCGCUAUCCUGUGUAUAAAAAAAAGGAAAAUUUGAAAACCAACAAAAAGCAAGAAUUAAGUUGGUCUACAUUGGACCAUCUCAA